AUUACAACGCAUCUGCGUCCUUCUUCGGCACUGCAACGUGUCCUAUUCAUUAGACCUCAUUGACGCAAGCUUAUAAUUGUACUAAAACUCGUUUGGGCUGUCAGCAAAAUGCCUUUGACGUUUGAGCUGUGUCCUGGUAGGAUGAUCGGAGGGGAUCAUCCAUGUUUUGUUAUUGCUGAAAUUGGACAAAAUCAUCAAGGAGACAUUGAGAUAGCCAAGAAAAUGAUCAAAAUGGCAAAGGACUGUGGUGCUGACUGCGCCAAGUUCCAGAAAAGUGAGCUGGAGCACAAGUUUAACAAACGUGCAUUAGAGCGUCCUUACAAGACCAAAAACUCAUGGGGAGAUACCUAUGGGGAACACAAACGCCACCUGGAGUUUAGCCAUGAGCAGUACAGAGAGCUGCAGAAGUAUGCAAAGGAAGUGGGGAUCUUCUUCACUGCUUCGGGGAUGGAUGAGAUGGCGGUAGAGUUUCUCCAUGAGAUUAACGUACCUUUCAUCAAAGUGGCCUCAGGAGACACCAACAAUUUUCCUUAUCUGGAAAUGGUCGCCAAGAAAGGACGUCCCAUGGUGGUGUCCACUGGAAUGCAGUCCAUGGAGACGAUACGUCGAGCGUACAAGACAGUGAAGGAUCAUAACCACAACUUUGCCAUCCUACAGUGUACCAGCACCUACCCUCUUGAGCCUCAAGAUGUCAACCUCAGAGUGAUCGCAAAAUACCAGAAAGAAUUUCCUGAUAUUCCAAUUGGGUAUUCCGGCCACGAGUCUGGAAUCAUUGUUUCAGUGGCGGCUGUUGCCAUGGGGGCAAAGGUUGUAGAGCGUCACGUCACACUGGACAAGACUUGGAGGGGAAGUGACCACGCAGGUUCUCUGGAGCCCUCUGAACUGGCUGAGAUGAUUCGGUCCAUCCGAUUGGUGGAGCUCGCACUGGGAACUGGAAUCAAGACGAGGUUACCCUGCGAGGAGCCGUUUCACAGAAAGCUGGGGAAGUCUGUGGUGGCCAAGGUGAAGAUCCCCAAAGGAACUGUCCUCAGUCCAGAUAUGUUGGCAGUGAAGGUGGCAGAGCCCAUGGGCGUAGCGGCUGAGGACAUCUUCCAGCUGGUUGGCAAAACUGUCACUAAGGAUGUCGGUGAAGAUGAGAGCAUCACACCCGAGGUGGUGGACGGCCUUUAGAUAUUUUCCAAAAUAUCUCUCAUCGUUUUGGGAGGGGAUUUCUCCCACAACGUAGCAAGUUGUUACCGUAUAAUCAUUGUUCAGAAGUCAGCAGCUUGUAUGAAAUGUUACAAAUUGUGAAUGGAA